AUGGACAUCGAUUGUCCCGACUUCAAGGACUUAUCGCGCCUCACCACUUUCUCUGGUAUGUCCGCUCGACGUACAUACAUCCGGGACUUGCGCGCUGCCAUACGCGACCAACAACGCCGCACCGCCCACCUGGAGACCGAGCUCGUCCGUUCACAAACCAUGCAGAGCAUCUGCCGGGCGGAACUCUCUAAGUUGCGGCGUCAGCUCGGGAUAACACCGGACCGCUUCAGCGAGGCGGAUAUCGACGCGCUUGAGGCGACGGUGCGUAAGCCUCAUGCGGCUUCUCCUGCUUUACGCGAUAUCGUUGGGGCAAAAUUUGCAGCGCCUCAAGGGGAUCUGGCUACUGCUCGGCAAGAGCUGGCUCUCCAGCGGCGUGGCAUCCUGAGUCUAGAGCAAGAUGACGAUAGAAAUAUUCCCACAUGUCGUCCACAGAUCACGCGUAUCCUCCUCUAG